AGAAGAAGUCAAACCGCAGCCUGCACCGAGCACCACCAUAGAAGAAGAAGGCUAAACCGAAGAGGAUCGAUCCCUGUCCUGGUUCCGGAGGUAAGACGGGGUCCGGUCCAAACGGACAGACGGACUCUGUCUUCAGUCCGUCUGUCGGGGUUUUACUGGACCUCUUAGAGGGGUUACUGGGGGUAUCAGGUUCCGGUUUAUCCGGUCAGGAGCCGCUCUGUUUGUGACGGAGAGCGCGGAAGGUCAAGCUAAUGCUAAAGCUAACCCAGAACUGAGGGGUCCAAACUGUGGCCCGGGGACCUCUGAGGGUCCGAGGAGGAGGUCUAACGGUCUGUGAGGGGGUUCACUGUUCUGAGGUACCACACCUGGACAGGUAGGACCACCGAGACCAGCAGACCCGGGUCCUGGGAGUCCAUGACUCAGAAUAAUACUGGACCAGAAUGUAGAAAGUCCUGAAUCAGAGACCUUUACAUGGAUCUCUCCUUCACUCACUCAUUGAUUCACUCAGUCACUCUCUGUUGAACCACCUCAGUAACAUCACAGCUGUCCUGGGGAGAAGAGUUUUGGAGGGUGGUAGGGGAAGGUCCCGCCCCCUUCGCCUCUGAUUGGCUGUGAAACGUCAUCACACGCUGAACCCGAGUGCAGGCCAGCGAACAGAACAUUAUCGCUAUUCUGGAUCUCCUAAUUUAACACACUGCGUUUGAGUUACAUCGGAAGUCUGAGCCGAUUUAGCAGUUUAGUUACAAAGUCGGAAAAAGCCAAAUUGGAAAGAAGAUGGCGACAUCUACGAAAGUUAUUUUAGCGUUUACCAUGACUGAAUGUAAGGCAACUGUUGAAAUAACGUUCGUAGGUGUAGCCAUCUUGUUUCAAAUCUCGCUUUUUUCCGACUUUGUAACUGAAACGUUCGUUACUCGGGUGUGACGUCAUUUUCACUCGGACUUUUGACUCCAGAGGAAACUCGAACGCAGAAUAACCCGAACCCGACAGACGAUGAGGUUUCACAGCCGUAAGGAAUAACCAAUCAGAGCCCAGCACUUCUAGCCAAUCAGAGGCAAAGGAGGCGGGACCUCCCUCUAGCAUCAUACAAAAAUCGUCCAGGUCCACUGAGAGACGGAGACAGAGUCGGUCUGACAUGGAGCCUGUUUGGAAGAGAAAGAGAAAGUCCUUCAGAGCUGCUGCUCAUCACUUUUGGUUUCUGUUUGUGUGUGUGUGUGUGCGUGUGUGUGUGUGCGCGUGUGUGUGUGUGUGUGUGUGCAGCCUCGUGUGUACUUCCUGCCGUCCCCCGCCCUGACCAUGGUGCUGAGGGAGGUCCCAGCGGAGAACAUCGCCCGUCCUCUGGGCAGGAACGAGGUCAUCGGUCUGCUCUUCCGCCUCACCAUCUUCGGCGCCGUCACCUACUUCACCAUCAAGUGGAUGGUGGACGCCAUCGACCCCACCAGGAAGCAGAAGUUGGAGGCUCAGAAACAGGUGAGUGUCUCUGGACUCCUGUGGGGGUCGGUGUUACAGCAGGAGUCCAGAAUCCUGGACCGCCACACGGCGCUGACGGACCUGACGGUUCGCUCUCUUUCAGGCGGAGAAGCUGAUGCGUCAGAUCGGCGUGAAGAACGUGAAGCUGUCGGAGUACGAGAUGAGCAUCGCCGCCCACCUGGUCGACCCGCUCAGCAUGCAGGUAAGUCAGAGAGGAGAGAGGCGGGUUACGGAAACCUCAGAGUACCCAUGAUGCAUUGAGGGGUCGAUCUAUGAUGUUUGUGUAGUAAGGAUGUCAAAAUACAGCGAUUCAUGUCGGCGGUCCGAUACAAACGUUUGUGAUGCGACUGCGCCUCACUGCGAUGAACAUCUCACUGUUCGUUCAUCCAGGGGUUAUUAUACUGUUGUCAUGGUAACCCUAGUUGCCCACAGCGAUGAUACUAUUACAUCAUAAUGUCCAAAAAUGACCGGUCAGCUACCUGUUAAUAAAAGAGGUGUGUGUGUGUGUGUGCGUGUGUGCGUGUGUGUGUGUGUGCGUGUGUGUGUGUGUGUAGAUCACAUGGAGGGACAUCGCCGGUCUGGACGAGGUGAUCACAGAGCUGAAGGAGACGGUCAUCUUACCUGUUCAGAAGAGACACCUGUUCCAGGGUUCGAGACUGCUGCAGCCUCCUAAAGGUCAGAGGUCAUUCUGAAGGUCAUGAGGGGGGAGAGAAGGAUGGAGGAGGGAAGGAAAACAUGGAAAAGGAUGCAAGUGAGGAAAGAAGGAAAGAAAGAGAAUAUGAAGGAGGAAGGAGAUAGGAAAAAGGAGAUAGGAGAGAAGGAUGAAGGAACUAGACAGUAGGAAAGGAGAGAAGGAAGCUGAGGGAUGAAGAGAAUAAGGAAAGGUGAGGACAGACCAUAACCUCUUCUGUCGUCAUGGUAACAGGCGUGCUGCUGUAUGGGCCUCCGGGCUGCGGUAAGACCCUGAUCGCUAAGGCGACAGCUAAGGAGGCGGGGUUUCGUUUCAUCAACCUGCAGCCGAGCACGCUGACGGACAAAUGGUACGGAGAGUCCCAGAAACUCGCCGCCGCCGUCUUCUCAUUGGCUGUUAAACUGCAGCCGUCAAUCAUCUUUGUGGACGAGAUCGGUACGACGCACGCACACACACACACACACACACACACACACACACACACACACAGACGGGUGACCAUGACUGUUUGUUGGUCCAGACUCGUUCCUGAGGAGCCGGUCCAGCUCGGACCAUGAGGCCACCGCCAUGAUGAAGGCUCAGUUCAUGAGUCUGUGGGACGGCCUGGACACGGACCACCACUGCCAGGUAAGACGUCCCUGAGUGUGUUUUUAUUAAAUGAGGUGAAGCUCUGCGGUCUGACUGUAGGGGGUCUCACCUUCAUGUACCUUCAAUCAUGACCUCUUUAAACGACCUCAUGAUGGCGGCAGGGGCGGCGUUACAGUGUGUCUCAGAAACAGUUUUUAAAAUUCAGCUGAAGAGCGAGUCAGAGAGUAAAAACCAACGAGGUGAGAGUCAGUGAGGAUGAUGAUGUCACACUGUCGCAUUAUUAUUAAUGAUAAUAGAAAUGAUAACAAUAAUAAUUAUAAUAAAAAUAGAUAAUGAUAACUGAAUAUAAUAAUAUUUAUAUUAUUAUUAUGAUGAUAACACUGUCUGUACCACAGGUGAUCAUAAUGGGAGCCACUAACAGACCUCAGGACCUGGACUCUGCCAUCUUGAGGAGGAUGCCCACCAGGUUCCACAUCAACCAGCCUGUACGUGCUCGCUCUCUCUCUCUCUCUCUCUCUCUCUCUCUCCCUCUCCCUCUCUCCCUCUCUCUCUCUCUCUCUCUCUCUCUCUCUCUCUCUCUCUCUCUCUCUCUCUCUCUCUCUCUCUCUCUCUCUCUCUCUCUCUCUCUCUCUCGCUCUCUCUCUCUCUCUCUCCCUCUCUCUCGCUCUCUCUCUCUCUCUGUCUCUCUCUCUCUCUCUCUCUCUCUCUCUCUCUCUCUCUCUCUCUCUCUCUCUCUCUCUCUCUCUCUCUCUCUCUCUCUCUCUCUCUCUCUCUCUCUCUCUCUCUCUCUCUCUCUCUCUCUCUCUCUCUCUCUCUCUCUCUCUCUCUCUCUCUCUCUUCUCUCUCUCUCUCUCUCUCUCUCUCUCUCUCUCUCUCUCUCUCUCUCUCUCUCUCUCUCUCUCUCUCUCUCUCUCUCUCUCUCUCUCUCUCUCUCUCUCUCUCUCUCUCUCUCUCUCUCUCUCUCUCUCUCUCUCUCUCUCUCUCUCUCUCUCUCUCUCUCUCUCUCUCUCUCUGUCUCUCUGUCUCUCUCUCUCUCUCUCUCUCUCUCUCUCUCUCUCUCUCUCUCUCUCUCUCUCUCUCUCUCUCUCUCUCUCUCUCUCUCUCUCUCUCUCUCUCUCUCUCUCUCUCUCUCUCUCUCUCUCUCUCUCUCUCUCUCUCUCUCUCUCUCUCUCUCUCUCUCUCUCUCUCUCUCUCUCUCUCUCCUCUCUCUCUCUCUCUCUCUCUCUCUCUCUCUCUCUCUCUCUCUGGUCCUGACCUUCAGUGUCUUUGUUUCCUUCAGAGCAUGAGGCAGAGGGAGCAGAUCCUCAAACUCAUCCUGGAGAACGAGAGUGUGAGUGGAACAUGUCCUUCAGCUCCGUGAACAUCACUCAGAACCUUCUCGGGUUCUUCAGCCUGGAGGUCCGACUGACUCGUCUUUACUCUGUCUCCGUCUCUCUGCAGGUGGACAUGUCCGUCGACCUCAUGGACGUCGCCAAAGAAACAGACGGUUUUUCAGGAAGUGACCUCAGAGAGAUGUGUCGUGAUGCUGCGCUGCUGUGUGUCCGAGACUUCGUCCACACUCAGAGCGACAGGUACCGGUCCACUUCACGCCAGAGACGCCAAACACGCCAUCGUCAGCGGAAAGGUCGAUUCAUUUGGAGCUUUCUGUUUCUGCUUCUAAUGUGUGUGUCUCUCUCUCUCUCUCUCUCUCUCUCUCUCUCUCUCUCUCUCUCUCUCUCUCUCUCUCUCUCUCUCUCUCUCUCUCUCUCUCUCUCUCUCUCUCACCCUCCCUCUCUCUCUCUCUCUCUCUCUCGCUCUCUCUCUCUCUCGCUCGCCCUCUCUCUCUCUCUCUCUCAGUCCAUCAGAAGAAGACUACAUUCGUCCCAUCCAUCAGAAUGACCUCCAGAAGGCCAUCAGUAAGAUGAAGAAAUCCAAAUCAGCGGGCGGACAGAGCGUCCUGCUGCACGCCGCUCUGGACUAACCUCACACACACACACUCACACACACACACACACACACACACACACACACACACACACUGACCUGCUGUUGUCUCUACAUGUGUUUAAAGAUGUUCAUCAUGUGCCACUGCUUUGUGUUUUUUUAUGAACCAGCUGAUCGUGAUGCUUUCAGGAACAGAAUCAAAAACUCGCCGUUCUGUUUCUGAAAGUCGAAGUUGAACUUCCUCCCGAGCUUCGCCGCUGUAAAUAAACUCACCCAAACGUUUCUUUUCUUGUUUAGUUGAACUUUUAUCAGAGUGGGUCUGGGUUUGAAUCUGUUUUUGCCUUCAGUUCAGCAGAAGUGAAAGUCUCAGUGAGCGUCACGUUUAGCUGUUACUGUGUCCACAGGGGGGCGCCAAAACAACAGGAAAUGCAUGACCCUCAACAGUCCAGGUGGGUGGUGAAAACCCCCCAGUCUGGUCUGAACUCUCUCUGUCAUACAGACAGCUGUAAUGAGUCUAAAUGGACCUCUGAAGACCUGAUCCAGGUUUUUCUCACCUGAGAUUCUCUGUUUGAACUUUUUCCUCUUUUAACUUAUUUUACAGUCAAUUAAAAAAGUUCAAACUCCAUCAAAUGGAAGCAGAACUUUUCAGUCAUGUUUACUCGAUGAAGAUCCUGAUUCGGUUUUUAAUAAAAACUGAACUGACAGUUUUUUUGUUUUAUGAAAACUCCUCCGACAGGUUCAUGAAGUCGUAACGUCUCCAAAGAUAAAGAGUCCGAGAGCAGAACCGUGUUUUUGUUUUUUUUUACAGUCUGUUGUAAAAUAAAAACUGAUGGAUGAUGAAAUAAAAGAGAAUAUCAGGAUGUGUGCUCGUCUUUAAUAAAAAAAGACUUUCUAAUAUUUAGUCUUCAGAGGUUUCUAAGAAAAAGACUUUCAGAAUAAAAGUCCUCUUAGUCUGCCUUUAGGGGGAAAAAACCAUCACUGAGAAAUAUGAGAUUAUUUUGAAUAAAAGUUUCUGGAGACGAAGUUUCAUGAAAAAGUUUCAGAGGAAAGAAACGAUUUCAGUGUCGAACAGAAAAGACUUUAAAAAACCUCGACUGUCGAAAUCAUCGUCACAAAACGCCAAAAAAAACAACUUUUGAGAGAAAGUUUCAGUUUCGAAGGUUAAAAUAACGUCUGUGAGCGAAAAUACUUCAAAUACUUUAUCGUCUGUCAUUUUUACUGAAGAAACACGAGUUUGUCCUACGGCAACAGUGGAGGAGGAAACUGGCUCUGGAUCCUGGGUUCCACAAAGAUGGGUCCCAAAUGAAGGAACCCUUGUUUUCUUCUUAAAGAGACAGUAGCGGUGAGUCUAAAAUGAGGGUUUUCAGAGACCAGGACUGAGUUUUUGAGGGUAAAUCCUGUAAAGAGUCCUCGAGGUACCAGAGGGACUGAACAGGAACUAACAGAGGACCUCCCAGAUCCUCUGUGGUCCUCUGUAGACCUGAUCAUCGUCUCAGUUUUUCAGUUUCAUUUUCUCCUCUUUGUAAAAUUAAAAGUCGUCUUUCAAAUUAAAGGUCGAUUCCGCGCUCUCGUCAGGUUGAAUGAAUGUUCAGAAACAUUUUGUCGAGUUUCAGGUGAAAAAUUUUUAUUAAAGCUUUUUGAUUCAAAACAUUUGGCAUCCAUCAUUCAGCAGAAACAGGAAGUGAAAGAAAAUAAAAGCACAGAGUGAAAGAGGAAACUGAUUUCAAGUAAACAGGAAACGAUAAAAGCUGAGCGACCAACAUUUGGCACAAAGACGUAAAAAUAAAGAAGAAGAAGAAGCUCUCACCCUGAAGACUAAACUGAAGGUUUAGGUCUCUGAGACUCUUAUUGUGAAGUUCUCCCUCUAACAGGAAGAAGUGCUGGACUCAGCAGCACCUGGUGGCUGUGGGAGGAACUUCAGCUCUGAGACCAAAAACUACGACAGAAUCCAAACGACGACAGAAAAUCAAGUCUAAAGGAUCGGAGUCGUCACAAGAAGAUCCAACCGAAUAAAUAAGAACCUUUAAGAACCCUGAAAAGAGCCGGGUCAGAACCAACCCUGCAGUACCAUCCCUAAAAACCCAUCAUCUCUCUAACCCACUAAUUAACAGCAGACUAACGAGUUCAAUAGUAAAGGGUCAGUUCACCUAAAUCAGCACAAACACAGGAAACUCAAACUCUGAGCGUCAGUCAGCCGGACCGCAAAAAUCAGGAGCGAACGGACGUUUGUCUACAGCGACUCAUCGGUCAGUGAUUCGACACGAACAUCGGGAAUGAACGAAAGUUUAAGGAGGUAAAAACACGGAAAUCAGAUAAACGAUCAGACUCCGUUAAAGAGGAAAGGUUAAUCAAUCGAGUCAGAAAACAAAACCAGAGAGGGUACUAGAGUCAGAGAACGACACAAACUCUACGACCACAGAGACAAACAACAGACACAGCUGCUCUAUCAUGGCCCCUCUACCUGUCGACUCUGUUGUUAAAACAUCAGUGUGUCUCAGGCUGCUCUAUCAAUUCCACUCUACCUGUUGACUCUGUGAUAAAAAUGUCAGUGUGUCUCAGGCUGCUCUAUCAUGGCCCCUCUACCUGUCGACUCUGUUGUUAAAACAUCAGUGUGUCUCAGGCUGCUCUAUCAAUUCCACUCUACCUGUUGACUCUGUGAUAAAAAUGUCAGUGUGUCUCAGGCUGCUCUAUCAUGGCCCCUCUACCUGUCGACUCUGUUGUUAAAACAUCAGUGUGUCUCAGGCUGCUCUAUCAAUUCCACUCUACCUGUUGACUCUGUGAUAAAAAUGUCAGUGUGUCUCAGGCUGCUCUAUCAUCGCCCCUCUGCCUGUUGACUCUGUGAUAAAAACGUCAGUGUGUCUCAGGCUGCUCUAUCCUCGCCCCUCUGCCUGUCGACUCUGUGGUUAGUUUGUUGUCAUGGUGAAACUCUAGUUUUGUUUAGUAUUCAGCAGGUCUCACAGACAGCAGUGUCGGUGUCUUCUGUCAGAUCUAGUCCAGCUGAUCAAACUCUGAUGACCUGAGACUAAAACAUUCGUCCAAUCAGGAGGGACUAAAACAUCAUUUCUCUUUGUCUAGAUCUAUGUCAGUGUUCAGAUCAGGUCAGAGUGAUCUAGGAUGACACUCGGCUCACAGACACUGACACACUCAGGUCUGUCCAUGUCAGUCGUACUAUUGUUUAUGUUUUAUUUUGAAAGGCUAAAGUGUUAGCAUGCUAUCAUUAUCUGAGUCAGUCUGCUCAGUCAGGGGGCGUGGCCAAAAAGGGGCCCAAGUAUCCUGAUCUAUGAUUGGCUACUUGCCCUGACAAAGGCGGGACUUCAGUUUAAAGCAACUAAAAAUCGCUGACAGUAUCUUUACUGUCAAAGUCAGACACUAGUUUGUAUUUAAAAAUGUAGAAAUACGUCAACCUAGAUCAUUCACAAGAAUCAAGUUUUUACAGGAAUAAAGUUCAAAGGCAAACAUUCAACUAUCAAUCAACAAGAAGAGUCAUUAACGGGAAUAAACUCAAUUAAUCAAUCAAUCAAUUCAUCAUAGAAGUCAUAUAGUUUGUGAUUGACACGACCGAUCCCCUAAAAUAAAGUCAUGCAGUAAAGGAAAUAAACCCGUGACCACAAAUCUAGAUUUACAAGAAUAAAGUCGUACAUUUUUGAGGAAAAUUUUUCAUUUACAUAUUUACAAUUAAAAAUAAUCCUAAAGAGUCUUUGACAAGAUUACAGUCCUGAAUAAUCUGGUAAAAUUAGAAUUAAAGCUUCAAACUUCAGAAAAUAAACAAAAUUUAUGAUUAAAUUAAAAAAGAGAAAAAAAAACUGUAGAAAAAGUUUCAAUUCUCCUGAAUAAAUUCAUAAAACGACUGAAAUGUAAAUUUAGCAGAAAAAAAUGUGAAUUGAACUGAGAUUUGAAACUAGAAAAGUCGUUUUCAUAACAAGAUUUACAAGAAAAAAAACUUUAAGCAAAUGUUCUUUUAAAUCCGUCAUCCAGGGUUUAAAUUUAGGAGGAUUCAUCUGUUCUUCACCAGCUCAUUAAAUAAAGAUCGGCCCCCCCCAUGAGUCAGGGCCCCCCAGUCUGAAAGUCUGGACACGGCCCUGGAGCUCAGUGACUUCCUGUUCCUGUUUGGAGGUUUUUAGAGUCCGGAAUAAAAACUCAGGAAGGAAAAACCCGAAACCCUGAAAACAAAAAACUGACCGGCACUCAGAACCGGUCCAGACCUCCAUACGACCCCAGAACCAGACCACAGAAACCAGGUUUCAUGACACUGAGGGUCAGCAGCCAAUCAGCAGGUAGGAUGGCAGCGCUGAACAGGCUGAUUGGUUCGUGACUGUGCGUGAUGACAAACAGGAAGUGGACGUUUCAAAACAAUAACCUGUGGUCAGUUCCUGCAGCGUCCAGCAGAGGGCGCUAAAGGAGAGGAGGUCAUGUGACCCUCUUUAAACCUAAACGGACAGAGUCUCACUGGACUGACUGCUGUUGGGCUGUGAUUGGACACUCAUAGCAGUGGGCGGGGCUUAUGUUUAUUCUAAAGGUGGUUAAGGCUGCGGUCUGAGGAGGGUUCUGGUUCGGACUGGAUCAGCUGACCUGUGUCUCCGCUCAGAGCUCGAUGUUGGGUCCACGCCCACCGCUCCUCCCCUCACACUCCCUCUCAAAGUCACAGCCGUCCAGCAGGUGGCGGUAUGUUAGUCUGACGUCCCGGUACAGCGGCGCGUCCUCUUUCUCUAGACCCGGGAAUCGAACCGGCGUCUCGUUGAUGAGCAGCUGCAGACGCGGCCCUCGCUGACAAUCGUACAGAACGAAGAGGACGUUAGCGGCGUACGGGACGAUCCGACUGGUCCGGAAACUUCUGCCUGUGAGACGCGACAGGAGAGAGACACGGGUGAGAGAAACAGGAGAGAGACACGGGGGAGAGACACAGGACAGGAAGUUCAUCACAGAGAGGGGGCGGAGUCAUUGAGGGUUUCAGGAUUCAGUAAAGACGAAGAAGAGUCGAUAAAACCGAGAAAAACUAAAAUUCAAACUUGGAAAUGAAAACUCAAAGUCAAAACUCGAACCCUCGACUCGACGAAGUUUGAAGAUUCAAAUCCUCAAAAAAGAUUUUUUUAUUUCCGUCUGUUUUUCUUUUUUUUAACUUAUUGCCCUGAAAAAGGAGACGCUCUCUGAUCUCGAUGUUCUUCUAUAUAAAGAAAAUAAAGGGCGUUCUGGUUCUGAUUCUGGUUCUGGUUCUGGUUCUGGUUCUGACUCCAGACCCACAGACUUCGUACCGUGCUGUGAGCGGUAGUUGCUGGCGGUGGGCGGAGUCUGGUCCUUGUAGAGUCCCAGCAGGGACAGAAGGGGGAGGAUCGUCUCGGCGUGACCCACCAGGAUGGAGGCGGGCUCAGGAACGGCGUCCGUGGACCUGCAGGAAGUGACAUCGUUAGUUCAGUUUCCAGUUCUGUCCUUUCAAAUUAAGAGCGAGGAACUGAAUUUGGGUUUUUGAUUGUUUUUAUGAGUAAAUGAAAACAGCUGAUCAAACAGCUGAUCCCUCGUCAGGUGACUCCUCCCCCUCUUAAAGGAGACCGUCACUCACCUGCGAGGACGCCCGGCUUUGUCCAGCGUCCUGAAGAUGUGAUGGAAGAGAGGACAGCUGGACAGACUGCUGAUCACAUGACCAUGAGAGCGUUUCCAGUACUGCUUCAGGUCCGACUUAUACUCCAACACCUGCAGACAGAGUUCAGGGAGAACUUCACACACCUGAGGAGAACCAGGGGGACCAGGAGAACAGGGAGAACAAGGAGACCCUGACCCGGGUCUGCUGGGUUCAUUAGGGUCAGGGUUCGAUGAUGUCACCCUCCCAGGUAAAGGUGGGUUCAGAGCUGGAUGCUGAUUGGACUUCUUUGUUCCCUCUCUCCUUGUUCCCUUUUCUUCUUGCUCUAUAUCCUUGUUCCCUCUCUCCUCACUCUCUCUCCUUGUUCCCUCUGUCCUUAAACCACUUUGAGUCCUUAAACUCCCUUUAAAAUCACCUAUACUAUCUUUAAUGUGUGUGUGUGUGUAUGUGUGUGUGUGUGUGUGUGUGUGUGUGUGUGUGUGUGUGUACCUUUGCGUCGCUCUCAUCAAACAGGAAGCACCACGGCGAGUGGACAGACUUGAUGGCGAGCUCGUAGGAACACAAGAAGAACGCCGCUUCAACCAACUCUACAGGAGGCAGAGAGGGACAAACUUCAGUGUGAAACACUCACACACACCAGUCCUCAGUGUGUGUGAGUGUGUGUGUGUGUGUGUGUGUGUGUGUGUGUGUGUGUGCGUGUGUGUGUGUGCGUGUCUGACCCGGUGUGAGCCGUUGGUGAGGGAGGCCCAGUUUCUCGGCCAUCCUCCUCCUCACUCGCUCCAUCUCCUCGCCGUGUUUGAACUUCUCCACCUCCAGCAGCGCCGUCCGGUUGUUUUCCACGCCCUCCACGAAACCACGGCAACGCUCAAAGAAACGCAUCAGCUCGUCAUCGACCUCAUGGCGGUACUGCACCUCUG